CCCCUUCCACCUUCCAGACUGAGCCCUUCCUUGUGGGAAGCAUCUCCUGAGCGUGAUGGGAACCACAGAAGCCACCCUGCGGAUGGAGAAUGUGGAUGUGAAGGAGGAGUGGCAGGACGAGGACUUCCCCAGACCUCUCCCAGAAGAAACUGGCAUGGAGUCGCUGGGCAGCCCUACAGAGGACGAGCACACAUCCUCUCCCCCACAUACCUUAAACUUUAACGGGGCGCACCGUAAGCGGAAGACGCUUGUCGCACCUGAAAUCAACAUUUCCCUGGACCAGAGUGAAGGCUCCAUUCUGUCCGAUGACUUCUUGGACACGCCGGAUGAUCUGGAUAUCAACGUGGAUGACAUCGAAACACCCGACGAGACGGAUUCCCUCGAAUUCCUGGGGAAUGGCAACGAGCUGGAAUGGGAAGAUGACACUCCUGUGGCCACGGCCAAGAAUAUGCCUGGGGACAGCGCGGAUCUGUUUGGGGACGGUGGGACAGAGGAUGGGAGCGCAACCAACGGGCGGCUCUGGAGGACGGUCAUCAUUGGGGAGCAGGAGCACCGCAUCGACCUGCAGAUGAUCAAACCCUACAUGAGGGUGGUGACGCACGGAGGGUACUACGGAGAAGGACUCAAUGCCAUCAUCGUCUUCGCUGCCUGCUACCUGCCAGACAGCAACCUGGCUGAUUACCACUAUAUCAUGGAGAAUCUCUUCCUCUACGUGAUCAGCAGCCUGGAGCUGCUGGUGGCUGAGGACUACAUGAUCGUGUACCUGAAUGGAGCAACACCAAGGAGGAGGAUGCCAGGGCUGGGGUGGCUGAAGAAGUGCUACCAGAUGAUAGACAGACGGCUGCGGAAGAACCUCAAAGCCCUGAUCAUUGUGCAUCCCUCGUGGUUCAUCCGGACGGUGCUGGCUAUUUCCAGGCCCUUCAUCAGCGUGAAGUUCAUCAAUAAGAUCCAAUACGUUCACAGCCUGGAGGAACUGGAGCAGCUCAUCCCCAUGGAGCACGUCCAGAUCCCGGACUGUGUCUCGCAGUGAGUACCAUGGGACACAAAUGCUG